AUGGACAAGAGUUGGAUGCACGUGCCUAACAGGUUCACGUCAUGUGAAUACGGUGAAGGGAAUGCUAAACUCCUCACAAUGGCAAAAGCCCAUGCACCUGGAAAAACUACCUUCAGGUGUCCAUGUCGGAGAUGCCAUAAUAACCUUUUCUUGUCAAUCAAUGAAGUCGAAGAUCAUCUAUUCACGAUUGGUAUUGAUCCAAGUUAUACACAUUGGAUAUUUCAUGGGGAGGCUGAAAGUUUGAGUGUUAAUUCGUCAGACGAUGAAACAGAUACAUUUAAUGAAGGUUCGAAUUUUGUUGAUGAUAUGGGUGAGAUGAUAGACGACAUUCGGGUUGGAUCAUUCAUGGACCAUGCAUCUGGGGAACAUGGUACUACUUCACAGCCUUCAAUGAGUGAAGGGCAAUCAAAAACAUUUGACCAAUUGUUAGAGGAUGCGAGACGUCCACUUUAUCCAAGUUGCUUAAAGUUCUCAAAGCUUUCAUUUAUAGUCAAGCUGCUUCAUAUCAAAACAUGCGAUGAGUGGACUAUCAAGUCAUUUAACAUAGUUUUACAAUUGUUAAAAGCAUCUUUUCCUGAAAUUCAAAUACCUAACUCAUACCACGAGGCACGACGCUUACAGUGUGGUUUGGGUUUUAGUUAUGUUAAAAUUGACGCUUACCCAAAUGACUGCAUGCUAUUUCGGAAAGAUAGUGCGGACAAACAAGCUUACUCUAAAUGCAAUGAGUCAAGGUGGGUGACAACUCGUGGGAAAAGGGGAACAUUCCCCAAAAGUUGGUUUGCAGAAGAUGCUCGCAAUGUCAGACUGGGCUUAGCCAGUGAUGGCUUCAACCCAUUCAAUAAUAUGAGUAAACCUUAUAGCAUAUGGCCAGUGAUACUCGUACCAUAUAACUUGCCCCCUUGGUUAUGCAUGAAAGAGCGGUACUUAAUGCUAUCAUUGCUCAUUCCUGGCCCCAAAGGUCCAAGAAACGACAUCGAUGUAUACUUGCAACCGUUAGUCAAUGAAUUAAAAGUGUUAUGGAACAAUGGUGUACACACCUAUGAUGCAUCAAAGUCUGAACACUUUCGCUUACAUGCUACACUUUUGUGGACUAUUAAUGAUUUCCCCGCAUAUGCCAAUCUAUCAGGGUGGAGCACAAAGGGAAAGAUGGCUUGCCCAUUAUGCAAUGAGGAUACAAAUUCCAUAUGGUUGAAACAUGGAAGAAAAUACUGUUAUAUGGGUCAUCGUCGUUUCUUGCCAGCAGCACAUAGUUGGAGAAAGAAGAAGGUUGCAUUCAAUGGAAAGCAGGAUGAUCAGUCGCCUCCUCCAGAGUUCAUGGGACAUGAUUUACUACAGCAACUUAUGCAGCUUGAUAAUGUAGAAUUUGGCAAAGGGAAUCAAAAGAGAAAACGCAGACUAGAUGAAUUGAAUUGGACAAAACAAAGAACCUUGAUGGAUAUUGAAGGAAAAACCAAAGACACUGCUACUACCCGUAAGGACUUGAUGGAGCUUGGGUUAAGGAAAGAAUUACAUCUACAACCUUCAGCUACUGGAUGUGUUUCAGUUAGUGAUGGAAAGAUAUCAGGAAUGAAAAGUUAUGACUGUCACGUCUUCAUGCAAAGAUUACUUCCAGUUGCAAUUGGUGGGUUUUUUCGUCCUGAUAUACGGCUUGCAUUGACCAAGUUUAGUUCAUUCUUCAAGGCUUUAUGUGCACGAGCGUUGACAUUAGAAGUAUUGAAGUAA